CUUCUUAUCCCUUGAUCUUCUAAGUCCUGCCUGGCAAGUACUGCUUCUUUUGCACCAGAUCAGGCUUAAUAAGGGUGACUUCUGCCCCUUCAGCCCACCACCUCUUCAUCAUUCACUCCCACAGGUUCCAUAUUCAUGCUUUGUACAACACAAAAAGUUGUAUAAAGAUUUAUCCUGCUUGGACUCAGCAAAGUUUAAAACUAUUGCAGAGAAGGGCCUUGAAGAUGAAGCAUUGGAAGAGAGGUGGCCCCAGAACAAUGGUCCUUGGCCAUGUUAUCCAGAAUGGAGAGUGGGAAAAUACUGGUGGACUGCCUGGCAUGAGGAGCAGACUGCUGACUUUUGUGCGGCAGAGGCCUUCCUAAGGUGUCCAUGUCUGUCAGGGAGUGCAUUCCAAAGCUUUGGGGCAACAAUGGAGAAGAUGAGCUGGUGGCAACUACAGAUGGAUCUCUGCAGAUGAUCUCAACAGGCGAUGACCCAGAGACCAACCUGGCUGCCACAUUCUGAACCAGCUGUAGUUUUCGGACUACACACAAGGCUCCACAUAAAGCGCAUUGCAGUAAUCCAGUCUGGAGGUGACCAGCAUAUGUACCACUGGUGUGGUGUCAUUUAUCUCAAGAGACGGAUGCAGGUGAGGUAUCAGCUGAAGCUGAUCGAAUGCACUUCUGGCCACUGCCUCAACCUGGGACACCACGGAGAGGCUUGGAUCCAGAAGCACCCCCAGACUGCAUAACUGUUCCUUCCGGGGAAGUGUGACCCUAUCCAGAACAGGCAGAUCAAACUCAUCUCCCGGGAUUUGCCCCCGCACAAUGAGUACCUCCAUCUUAUUUGGAUUCAGUCUCAGAUUGUUAUCCCUCACAGCCCAUCACCACCUCCAGUCAGGCAUUUAGGGAGGUUAUGCCCUCUCUCAAUGAUGUUGACAUGGAGAAGUAGAUUUGGGUGUCAUCAGUAUAUUGAUAGCACCCUGCACCAAAUCACCUGAUGAUCCCUCCCAGAGGUUUCAUGUAGAUGUUAAACAACAUCUGAGACAAUACAGAGCCUUGAGGGACAUCAUACAAAAGUUCAGAUUUUGAAGAACAACAGUCUCCAUCUGAAACCUGCCCGAGAGGUAGGAGCAGAACCACCGUAAAGCAGUUGCUCCCACUUCCAAGCCCCUCAGACUCUCCAGAAAGAUACUAUGGUCAAUAGUACUGAAAGCCGCCGAGAGGUCCAAAAGGUCCAACAGAGUCACACUUCCUCUGUAAAUUCCCAAUUGGAGGUCAUCCAUCAGGCUGACCAAGGCAGUCUCUACCCCAUAGUCUGCCCGAAAGCCAAUUUGAAAUUGGUCUAGAUAAUCAGUUUUCUCCAAAAUUGUCUGGAGCUGGGAAGCCACCAUCCUCUCAAUUACCUUGCCCAGCCACGGAAGGUUGGAGACAGGCCUGUAGUUGUUCAACAUGUCUCUGAGGGCCUUGAGUCCACUCAAGGACAUAUUUUCAGGAGGCACAAAGUGCUUCCUGGGGAAAGAGGAGUCUCUUGAAAUUUGCCCCCACUGCUGAGUCAGCAGUGGAGCUGAAUUUUUCAGAAGCAGUGGUACUUCUCUGGUUGCACCAAUGCUUCAUUCGUCAGACUAUCUAAUUGCCAUUUACCCCCCCUAAAAGGGUAUGGAUUGACAGAUUAAGCUUUCUGCACUGCUUUUUGUGUGCCAAUUUGUAAUAUAUCAUCAGUCUCCAUUGCUAUUCUCCCAGUAUCCCCUUCCCAGUUUUUAAAGUGACCUAUUCUAUUUGUUUUGCCACUGCCUAGGGAGAGUGGAUAGUUAAAGCAUUAGUUCCCAAUAAAUUGCUGCUAACUGCCAGCUCUAAACAAGUACUGCUUUGUCUCUCUCCAGAAUAAAUGGCUGUGCUACAAGAACAGAAUGAAAAGGACUAAGAGAGGAAAGCUGCUUGCUAGAGACACACAGUGCCAGUGAUCUUUGUAUACUUUAACUGGCAAAGAAUUGCACAUUUGUCUUGGAACUAAACGUGUAUGUAUUAAAAGUAGAAGUGAGCUUAUGUCAAAUGAGAUCUGCCUCAUGGUCUAAGAAAAAAAACACCUGGAGGUUUUUCAUACAUGGCUCUAUGCCUCGGGGUAUCUGAAGAGCGAAUCUGAUUUGUAGCAGAUUCAAGGCAUUUUAAUUUGAGGGAUUAGAUGGACCAUUCUCAUAGCCAUCAGCACCUCCAUCAACAACUUCGAAGAAAACAGAAGCCCCAGAGUUUUUAUUCAAAAGCUGCUGGAAAUAGAGGACUUUUUUACCCCGGACAUAAUUCGGGCUAAGCCAGAAUUCGCAGCCUCCCUUCGGAGAAAAACAAAGCCCUGUCUAUCCUGGUUCCUGAUAGCCUGCAGGGAGGUUGGGUUAAAUCCAGCGAAUAUGUGGACUGGCACACUCCAAUCAGGAGUGGAUUCGGGUGGGGGGAGCCCUGUCUAUAAAACCUAAUGGUUUGGAUUUUGUGAAGUGUGUUUGAUGAAGUCAAUUGGUAUAACCCCAAAGUAUUUACUGUAUGUAAAUAUGUGAUAAGUCUCCCAUUUAAUUAAUUUGUAUAAAUUGAAUAAACAAUAAUAAUAUUGUUUUAAAUUGUUUUAAUAGCUGUUUUGUUUUGUUUUUGUUGUAUUUAUUUGUGUGAACUGCCAAGAGCUUUUGGAGUCAGGUAGUAUACAAAUAAAAUAAAAAUAUAAUAAUAAUAAUAAUAAGAAGAAGAAGAUACCAAACAUCUAAAACACCAAGUGAAAUCAACCAUCUGCUGUACAUGGACGAUCUGAAGUUGUAUGGAAAGUCCCAGUCAGAAAUUGAAUCACUGCUAAACACUGUCCGUAUAUUCAGUAGCGAUAUAGCAAUGGAUUUUGGACUAGACAAGUGUGCUGCAUUAAUAAUGAACAGAGGGAAAAUAACAAAAACAGAAGGAAUAGAACUGCCCAAUGGAAGCAAGAUCAAGAACCUGGAAGAGAAAGAACAUUACAAAUACUUGCGCAUUCUCCAGGCAGAUAACAUUGCACACACUGAAGUUAAAAGAAAAAUUGGAAGUGAAUACAUCAGGAGAGUUAGAAAAAUCCUCAAGUCCAAACUCAAUGGUGGGAACACCAUACAAGCCAUAAACACCUGGGCUAUACCUGUUAUCAGAUACACUGCAGGAAUAACAGACUGGACCCAGGCAGAGCUAGAGACGCUAGAUCAUAAGACCAGGCAAAUCAUGACCAUCAAUCAUGCUCUGCACCCCCGCAGUGAUGUCGAUAGGCUAUACCUCCCUCGCAGCUCAGGUGGAAGAGGAAUGCUGCAAGUCCAUCAAACAGUAGAGGAGGAGAAAAGAGGCCUUGAAGAAUAUAUAAAGGACAGUGAAGAAGAUGCACUUCAAAUGGUCAAUAAUGCGAAACUAUUCAACACCAAUGAAACAAAGCAGGCCUACAAAAAAGAACAAGUCAAGAACCAAGCAGAAAAAUGGAAAAAGAAGCCCCUGCACGGUCAAUAUUUGCACAAUAUAAGUGGAAAAUCAGACAUCACCAAGACCUGGCAAUGGCUUAAGAAUGGCAACUUGAAGAAAGAAACAGAGGGUUUAAUACUGGCUGCACAAGAACAGGCACUAAGAACAAAUGCAAUAAGAGCAAAAGUAAAAAAAUCAACCACAAACAGCAAGUGCCGCCUUUGUAAAGAAGCAGAUGAAACAGUGGACCACCUAAUCAGCUGUUGUAAAAAGAUCGCACAGACUGACUACAAACAAAGGCAUGGCAAGAUAGCAGGGAUGAUACACUGGAACAUCUGUAAAAAAUACAAGCUACCUGUAGUCAAGAAUUGGUGGGACCAUAAAAUUGAAAAAGUUGAAGAAAAUGAAGAUGUAAAAAUAUUAUGGGAUUUCUGACUACAAACAGACAAACAUCUGCCACACAAUACACCAGAUAUCACUGUAGUCGAGAAGAAAGAAAAACAAGUGAAAAUAAUCGACAUAGCAAUACCAGGGGAUAGCAGAAUAGAAGAAAAAGAAAUGGAAAAAAUCACCAAAUACAAAGAUCUACAAAUUGAAAUUGAAAGGCUGUGGCAGAAAAAGACCAAAAUAAUCCCAGUGAUAAUUGGCACCCUGGGUGCAGUUCCAAAAGACCUUGAAGAGCACCUCAACACCAUAGGGGCCACAGAAAUCAUCAUCAGCCAAUGACAAAAAGCAGCUUUACUGGGAACAGCCUAUAUUCUGCAACGAUAUCUAUAACAGCAACAACAUUGACAAUAAAAUUAAGCCAUCCUAGGUCCUUGGGAAGGACUCGAUGUCUGUAUAAAACAAACCAGUCAAUAACACCUGUCUGACUGUAUAAAUAAAUAACUGUAGUCGAGAAGAAAGAAAAACAAGUUAAAAUAAUUGACAUAGCAAUACUAGGGGAUAGCAGAAUAGAAGAAAAAAAUAGAAAAAAAAUACAAAGAUCUACAAAUUGAAAUUGAAAGGCUGUGGCCGAAAAAGACCAAAAUAAUCCCAGUGGUAAUUGGUGCCCUAGGUGCAAUUCAAAAACAACUUGAAGAGCACCUCAACACCAUAGGGGCCACAGAAAUCAUCAUCAGCCAAUGACAAAAAGCAGCUUUACUAGGAACAGCCUAUAUUCUGCGACGAUAUCUAUAACAGCAACAACAUUGACAAUAAAAUUCAGCCAUCCCAGGUCCUUGGGAAGGACUCGAUCUCUGGAUAAAACAAACCAGUCAAUAACACCUGUCUGACUGUGUAAACAAGA